AUGAAUGGCCAGCCAUAUCUAUCUAUCUAUCUAUCUAUCUAUCUAAAUUUCUCAGAGUUAACCUGUAGAAAAAGACAGUAUUGUCCAGCGAUGGAGGCUAAAGCUUUAAUUUGUGACCAACUUCGGUUGGCACCCCAACACGUUCGAUGGUUGGGCAUCCCUGGCCAUUGUGCCGUCUGCUUGGUUUCCCAUGACUGGCUGAAGAAUGUGAGUCUUGAAACAAUUGGUGGUGGAAUAUCAGAAAAUUCCCAGACUUUGCCUCCUGAUCUCUGUGAUGAAUAUUUGGCUGCUUCCUGUAAUUCUCUUCCACCUGAGUGGUUUCGACUUGUUGUUAGAAUUGUUGCUAAAUCAGAUGACCUGGUGGAUGAUGUGUUGGCAGCUCCUCUCUACUGUAACGUGAAGGAUUAUUGUCUUUCGGAUCUGCUAACUUAUAUCUGCCAGGAGAACCGUAAGAAUCUUUAUUUAAAUGCCUGUUCUAAGCUCAGUCAGCAGAAGACUGUUCCAAGCCGUGCCAAGAAAAAGUUUUCUGACUUGUUCCGUGAAAUUGUACUUCACUUCCAACCGCAUCGUUACAUCCGUCUUGAUGGCUUUCAACCUCUGCUCUGUGAAUCAUCCCUUUUAUCCUCUUCUGAAGAAAGCUCAAGAAAGUUAUUCCCUAAUAUUGUCUCAACAUAUCUGUUCCUUGAACUAGAGAACUACUUUCUAUUGCUCCAGCCAUAUUAUCCCUAUAAUCUGUGGGAUGUUGUGUCAUACAGCCCUGCCCUUUUUAAUGAGUCUCAUGCCAAGACCCUCUUUGUCCUUUAUCAAAUUCUCCAGGCGAUGCAGCUGGGUCACAGUAUUGGCCUAUCAGCCGGUCACCUUAAACUGCACAAUGUUUUUGUUGAUAAGAAGCUCUGGAUUGACAUAUCAUUUUCUCGAGUCUCUUUCCUACUCGAUCAAUCAGCUGGAUCCCUGGGGUUGAAUGGCAUCAAAUCUUCAUCGAUGUUAUAUUUACCUAACCAAGACAAAAAAUCCCUUGUAGAAGAUGCUCAAACUUUUGUUAGCUCUGGUCUCUAUACCGUCUACUCUAUUGAUGACCUGUCCAGUGUGGUGUCUGACUGGGUCCAUUGGCGGAUAAGUAAUUUUAAAUAUCUGAUGAUUCUCAAUCACCUUGCAGGUCGACGCCUUGGGGAUCCGAACAACCAUCCGAUCUUGCCAUGGGUUUCAGACUUUACUUCUGAACACAAGAACUUCCGAGAUCUCUCGAAGACCAAAUAUCGGCUAAAUAAAGGGGAUCGCCAGCUGGACUUAACAUAUGAAGAAUUACCAGUUUUGUCUGGUGAUCCUGUUCACCGUUCACCCUACAUUCCACACCAUGUAUCUGAUGUGCUGUCAGACAUCACGUACUAUGUAUACAAGGCAAGACAAACCUCUAAGUCAAUCUUGUGUGCUCAUGUGCGACCAUACUGGGUACCCAGUGAGUACCCAGCUAGUAUCCAACGUAUUCAGCAAUGGACACCAGAUGAAUGCAUUCCAGAGUUCUUUCUGGAACCUUCCAUUUUCAAAUCAGUGCACCAUGAUUUGCCUGACCUGGGAAUUCCUGAUUGGUGUGUUUCCCCACAAGAUUUUAUUGAGAAACACAUGACUCUCUUGGAGAGUCCACGUGUUUCACAGGCUCUGCACAAUUGGAUUGACCUUACAUUUGGACACAAGCUCAGUGGAACAGCCUCAGUAGAAUCAAAAAAUGUUCAUUUGCAGUUAGUUGACAACCAUACCCAUGUAACCAAUUGUGGUGUAGUACAACUCUUUGCUCAACCCCACCCACAGCGUAUUCUGCCGCCCAAAAAGCAUAGCAGUUCUUUUGGCUCAGUAUUGAUAGAUGGUGAAACUGAUGGACUAGAGGACACAUUUCACAAUAUCAGCAAUGAUACCAAACUUGACUACACAUGGUUCAUAGACCCAAUCUCGUUCAGUAUGGAUGACAAACCUCUGUCCAAAUUAGAACAGCUCGAGUCUCUUUAUGCUUUCUGUCCCAAAAGUGUAUGUGAUUCUGAAAAAGAGACAUUUGCACAGGAAAUUGGCCAAGCACCAUUGUCUGCAAAGGAUCUUGUGGCACACGAUGUUCAGGCAUUUGCAUGUCUUAUGUGUGAGAUGUUCCUUGCUCCCAAAACCCGACUACUUGGCCCAAAUGCCACCCUGAAGGAACGGCACCAACUCCUCUACAAAUUAUGUCAAAUGGACCUUAGUCCCAUCCCUAGACCCCUUCAUCAAGCUGCCAGCAUUUUGUUACAACUAAAUGAGGAUUUCAUGCCACUUCUGUCCGAAAGAGGUCCAGUUUUUAAUUAUGUUCCCAUCAAUACACUGGGACUCCCUCCCCUCACACCAUCACUGAUAACCCAUUCGAUGAUUGAUGUCAUACCAUUUCCAUCCUACUUCCCACAGCUCUAUCACUCUCUGUGCCAAGUGAAGCAAAAAGAUCAUGAAAUUGAAUGUCUCAAUUUCUCCCAUGCAAAAACUCCCUGUGAGAAGGCCAAGAUGACUAAAGUCCUUGCUCGAGAAAAAGUUUCCAUCUUGCAGGUAUUUUUGCAAAAGUAUGAAAUAGUUCUUGGCCAGGAAGGUGUUGACCUUCUACUGCCCUAUGUUGAGGAGCUCUUGCAAGUGAAGGACACUGCUGUCCAAUGUGCUUGGAUUCUUUUUGACCUCAUGUCUCGUCAGCUUGGCCCAGAUGUAGCCAAAAACAAAUUCUUGCCCCAGAUUACCAAACUGUACACGGAAGAUUAUUCUACACCAAAACACCUGAAACUCUAUCACCACAAAUUUCUGGUGCAGCUGUUGGUUAGAUUUCAGUUGCAGACAUUCUUGGAAAAUUUCUCCACGCUUCUGGUUGAAGCCGUUGCUGGCUAUAAAGACUUUGUUAUUGAGACUGACACUGAGUUACCAGAAGUUGUUGAGUUCAGACGACAGAAGAGUGACUUCUCCCGUAAGGUUCGUAACCAGAUUCCAGCCUGCCCCGAAGAAGUCUCUGAGGAUAGUUAUCAAGGUAACGGGCAGGAUGGCAGUGAGAACCAUGCUGAAGAGGGAGUGGAAGGUGGUGGGAGCCAUAAUACAGAUGACUAUGCCGGGAUGCAUGAAUUUGCAGGUGGCAAUUUUCUUUUGGAAGAUGUUGGCAGUAGCAUUGACAAGGGGGACAGUGAAAAAGGCUCUGAUUCUGCAAGUGUUGAUCAAGAUUCUUUGAAAAGUGAAGAAAGUGGAUACAAGCGAUCAUUGCUUGGGAUUGACGAUGCUGAUUCAGUGUUUCAAAGUGGGCGCCGUUUCUCGUUUCCUGUGUCCAUUCAUGACAGGAAUGCCGGCCGGGAACGUAGCGACAGUGGCAGCCAUCCCCGUAGCAACAGCAACACAAGCGAUCGAGAUCUGCCUCCGAUGGGAAACUUAUUAACUUCGGCUGAGAAUACCGAUAUUGAACUUGAAAACCUGGUUUAUAGUGAAAAGAGCUCUCAGUCUGAAGGUGAGGAACUUGAAGAUCGGGAAGAUGAUGAUGAUAAUGAAGAAGAACAUAUAGAAGAAGAAGAUGAAGAAGAAGAAAGUGAUAAGACAGAAAUAUUUGAAGACUGCCAUAUGCUGAUGUCGCAGGUCGAAGGCUCACCCAGUCAUGGUAGUCAAACUGGACGGACUGAUCCAGGCAUGCCAAUUACUGGUAGUGUCCAACAGGGUCUUCAUAUGGUACGAAGUGAGACGGACGAGUUCACUCGGUGUUUGGCUGGGACUAGUUGGGAUGAAAUUGUUAAUAUUCGAGAUAUGGCUACUGAGAGUGUCAAGUGGUUAUGUCACAGAUUAGGACCUUUGUUAGCUGCACGGUACCUGUCACUGAACCUCAUCCGUCUGUUGCCUCUUUGUUAUCUGGAUGAAGAACAGUUAUUACCUGUCUUGGAAAAUGCUGGCAAUUGUCGUAAAUCUUGCCAUUUAGUUGGUGGUGACACAUACGCUGUGAAAGUCUUGGAAUGCUUAUCAUUCAUGGCCAUCCUGUACGGAGAACAAGUUAUUUUAUUGCAAUAUUUCCCAGCAAUGGAGGACAUGGUUGCUGCUGCAGAGAAAGAAAUGACACAGACAACUGAAGCCGGCCUGGUUGCUUCCCUUGUUUUAAUGCGUCACAUGAUUCCCUUAUUAUCAGAGAAAACCCUCAUGGAUUUGCUGCAGGAUACAAAGCUGCAUAACAUUCUUCAUUCUGUCAUCCGACUGACUGCCUCAAACAUGCGCUUCCCAAGUGGUCAUCUUGCACGCAGCCUAAUUUGCCACAAGAUCAUUGAUGUCAUUUACAUCAUUGGUGUGCGUAUCGGAUUUGAGAUGACCCGUAAACAUCUGACCAGUACAAUGCAACUGUUUUUUGACUCCUUCUUCCAAGUUCACUGCCCAGAUGCCUGUCCAAACAGCACAGUUGAAGAGACAUUUAAUAAAUCUGAUGUCUCUGCUCAUUCAUCUCCUCGUCUUUCCAAAGCAAAGUCCAAAGAAAAACCAUCUGGAUCUGUGGAUAGUGAAGAAUCUGAAGAACUCUACUGGAAUAUUAAAAAAGAUGGCAGGGCUCAGGAAUACAAAAUUGGUUCUUCAGUAAAUGUGAAUGAUAUGCACCAAUCUUCCCCUUCACAAGCAUUUCACAGAUUGAAAAGUCGUGUAAAGCGAACCAGUGUUACUGGUGUCACCAACUCUGCUGCUGUUUCAACUAAACUUAAAUCAUCUGCAGACCAUCUGAUAGAGAAACGCCCCAGUAAUCCUGGUCCUGAUGAUCAAGGGGAUUUGGUGAUGGAGGAGAUGAAGAAAGUCUUUACCCCUGAACUGGCCCACACAGCCUAUAUUCCUCUGUGUCAAAUAUUUGGCAGCAUUCACAUGGAGCAAUCUUUAUGGAAUGAUGACUUAAUCCGUCAGUUGUGUAGUCAGCAUGACAGCACUUUAGAUAAGUUGCCGACUUCAGGUCUUGGACAGUCUUUUGAUUCUUCUCUGGGAGCCUCUACUCCAGAUCUUGAAACGCCAGAUGACACAAAAUCAAUGGAAAGCUCACUGGAUAGCAAAGAGAAUGAUGCUAGCCUCGGAGGCAUUGGCAGCAAUGUAGCUGUUGUUGGCAAUCGCAUACAAUUGCAGCAUCCAUUGCGUUCUGGUCAUCCAGACAUGCCCCACAUCAACAGGGCAUAUAGGCACACUGGCAUCCUUAAUAUUGGACAGGAUGAUUUGAAAAGCACAGAAAUAGAAUCGAAUAAUCAGCGUCAUCUUCGAGGGAACUGGUUGGCCUAUUGGGAACAUGAACUGGGACUCAGUGAUCGUGCAUCAGUGUUCAACUUUAAACAUAUCAAACUCCAGACCUUUUUGGGUCACAAUACCAGUAUCAGGUCACUUUGUGUUUUGGACAAUGAAAACUCCUUCAUUAGCGCCAGCAAGGACAAGACAGUCAAGCUGUGGUCAUUAACCAGUUUUGGAGACGGUUCCGGGAAAUGUGGAUGUCAAUGGACAUAUCGCUUGCAUAAGAAAUCCGUCUUCAGUGUUGGAUUCUUGGAGAGCGUACGAUUAGUGGCAUCCUGUGAUAGCACUGUACAUAUCUGGGAUCCGUUCCGUGGGGAAUGCGUGAGGCAGUUGGAAUCUUCAAAGAACAGUCCAGUGAUUGCCCUUGCUCCAAUUCCAGCUCCCAGUUGUAUGAUGAUAACAGCUACAAAUGAUUCUACUCUCAGGUUCUUGGAUCUGCGGAAAGCUGAAUAUGCUCAUGAAUACCGAUGUUCUCCUCUAUCAGCAGGCCUGAUACGCUCAGUGACUGUGAGCCCUGACAGUAACUGGGUAGCAGUGGCCUUUUCUUCAGGAAUUGUGUCUGUCCUUGAUGUCCGAACAGGCACUCUUCUUGGACAACGUAAAGGACAUGAUGGCGACAUACUCCAGAUCAAAGCCUGUAAUCGGCACACGUUUGUGACUUCAUCCUUUGAUCAGAGCAUGCGGCUGUGGAACGCCAGCGACCUCAAAGAAAUCUGCCAGUUUAAAGGAGCAUCCGAACCUGUCCACUGUAUUGGUCUCUAUCGUAAUCAAAUCAUCUCGGCUACAGCUGGAAAUAAAAUUGGAGUCCAUUCAUCAAUAGACAGACAUGCAACAUAUACCAGCACGAAGCUUCAUCCAGAAAUUUUCAAAGGGGUCCUUGCCAGCAUGGCUGUUCUGCCACUCAAUCGUACUUUGCUGCUUGGAGCUGACAAUGGUGCCAUCCGAUUGCUCUGCUGA